AUCACCGAAUGCAAUUUUCAUUAAUUACAAAUAACUAUAUUAUACCUAUUAUAGUAACUUCAGUGCGUUGCCUUUAAUGUAUGAAACGACACCGUACAACAUACGAUUUACAGUGUAGGUACAAUCCAAACAGUGAGCGUCAAUAUUGUUUGAGAAUUUAUUGUUAUUUGCGGUUUGAAUUCUAAAAUAAUUAAUUGUUUAUAAUCAAAGUUCCAAGUUGAAACCGUCCAAACCUAUUUGUCUAACAACGUAGGGAAUACCUAAUUAUAAGUAACGAUUUAUGUUUUUUAAGUAUGCUAUAAUUUAUUGUUAUGUACACAUCUUUAUUCGUGUAUCUUACUUUCUGCUUUGUCUCUGAACAACGGUAUAGUUAUAAUUAUAUAUAGGUAAUAUUUUGUUUGCAAGGAACACACCGAUGAAAAAAAAUACAAAUAUUAAUUAUCAUACUAUAGUGAUAUAGACUUAUCCAAUCAGAAUGAAUAACAAACUGUCAAUACAAGUUAAUAAUAAAAAAAAAACGCAGUUUUUUAAUUAAAUGCUCUGCUAUCAAAAAUAGAUUACAAUACAUUUAUCAUAAUAAUAUUAUUAACGACUAUCCAAACCAUUUAUCGUUUAUUUUCUAUAUUCACUUAAACCGAUCUGUACCUAUACACUGUACUCGGGUUCCGUAGGCUUCAACUCAAUUUUGGUUUUGACGUGUUUCAAGAAUUAAAUAAACGAAUAUCAUGACAUACGACAACAUGUAUCGCGCUGUUCGACGGUCGGAGGAGGAAGCGGUACAGAUGGAACCGUUUUCGGACGACAGUAAGAGACACGGCCAAGGAGACUCGCGGGACAUCGACGAAUGCGACGAGAAUGACAAGCUGAUAAUGUGUCGCAUUUGCUACGACGUUUUUUAUUUUUCUUUCGCCUGGGGCAGGACACGAUUAAAUGACGAUAAGAAGGAAAACACAGUAUCGCCAUGCAACUGUGUCGGAUCUCAUGCGCACGUCCACGUCACGUGCCUCGAGCAAUGGCUAUCCGUAUCAAAAUCGAGUACAUGUGACAUCUGCAGUUACACUUUCAAGACAAUCGAACGUUCUUUGACUAUACACGAGGAUAUGGAAGCGUAUGAACAUGGUGAUACGCUUGGACAAGAACUAUUUAAACGGUGCCGAUGAUAUCAACAAUGCGUUUGCUGUCUGAUAAACCUGGCUAAUUUAUAUUAUUUUAUAAUAUUAAGAUUAAUCUCUACUUACUUAAUUGUUUAUUUUUUUCUAAUCAGAGGUGAGAGUUAUUAUUAAGUAACUAUUAUAAACAAUAUUAAAUGUAAAUUCUAAAAUAUAUCGAUAAUCAUAAUACAUAAUUGUUAAUUAUUUAUCACUACAUGGGUAUGGGUAUCUAACGGUUAGAUUCUAAUCUAACGUAUUUGUGUUCAAGGGAAGAAUUAUGUAAAACAAAAUGUAUGAAUUGAAAUAUAUAAAUAAUCAUAUCAAUA